AUGUCAUUAAAAAAUUCAAAUUUCUAAGAAAAACAAGGGAAUAUCAAAUCAAAUGAAUAAUCUGAAAUUAUAUACAAAAAGAGUUAAGCAUCAUAAAGAGAUUCUUCAGGUAGGAAUAACAAACAUAAGAAAAAUAGUAUAUUGAAAGAAUAAACACCAUCUUAAUUCUAAAGUAAAGGAGAAAAUUAAAUAAAAGAGGAAAUUCAAGUUCAAGAAAAUGUUGCAAAUUAAUCUAAUCUUUCAAAAAGGGAUUAAAACAAAUCUUUAUCUUAAGAGAAAAAAUAUGAAACUUAGCCUAAACUAAAUUAAAUUGAAAAAAACGAGGAAUAAGUUGAAAAACAAGUUCAAAAAAAUUCACAACUAAAAAUUUAGCCUGCUUUCUCUGUUAAUAUAUAAAUAACUUAAUACAAUAAUAAUUCAAAAACAAUUCAAAAAUUUGUAUCUCCUUAAAUAAGAGAUUAAAAAGAAGAGAAUAAAAUUAAUGAAUAGUAAAAUGAAUUACAACCUAUUCAAUUAGUAUAAUCUAAUAUAUUCUAAUCAUAAAAUAAAGAAAGUGGGAAUAGAAGAUCAUCAAAUCAAGAAAGAAUAUAAGAAUUUAAUAGAGAAAGUUUGGAUAAUAAUUUUAAUGAAAGAAAGUUAUCAAGUUAUGAAAUUAAAAUGGGUGUAACAGACGAUCCAAUGUUGAAAGAAAAAUAGGAAAUAUUAUCAGAUAUACAUGAAAUAUUAAAAUAGAUUCAAGUUAAGUCUCUUCAUAAACGACAUUCAAUAUUGGAAGAUUGCCUUUAAUUGUGUUUAUUAUUAUUACCAGAUAUAAGAAUAACUGAAGAUUAAAUACAUUCAUUAAAGUUUUUUGAAGAUAUAAAACUUUAAUAUAAUUUAGAUAGAACACAUUAAGCUUUUAAAAGAAGGUAUAAAAUGAAAAUAUAAUAGAUUUUAUCAUUUGUAAAUAUUUUCAAAUUGUUGGACUGUAUAGAAUUUAUAGAAGAUGUAUCAAAUAAUAAAGAAUUCAUAGGAUAAUUAAUUAGAAGCAUAUCAUAUAAAUUAUAGUAUAGUAAACAAAACGAUUGAAUUUCCUGAAUUAGUUUCAAAGAAAAAAUCACCUGAAAAACCAAAAGCAGUAUAGGAGAUAAUAGCUAAUUCAUAAAAUAAAAAGAUUGUAUUAUCAUGUAUUAUAUUGAUUGAUAAUUAGUGACAACUAAAACAUUAUGUUAAUAUGUAAAUUUGCCAGCAAAAGAAAUAGAUGAGGAUAUUUAAGAGUUUGAAGAUGAAUUAUAAUUUGUCGAAAUGAUUCUGAAACUAAUUCCACUUGCUUUAUGA